AUGCGUCUUCCAUACGUCUCUGACCCUCCCCCUACUAGCACUCCCGAAGAGGCGGAGAUCCUCGCUCGUGUCAAAGCCAGACAUGGAUGGAAUUCAUUCAUUGGGGCAAUACGAACAAAAACUACCUUGUCUACGAUAAUCAAGGAACUUAUCAUCUGCCGCGUGGCUGUUCUGAACGGAGCCUGGUUUGAAUGGGAACAGCACGCACCUUUAUUGGAAGAAGGUGGGCUUAGUGAUGAGGGAAUGCAUGCUGUUCGUGAUAUUCAUGCAGAUAUUCCACUGAAAAUUGACGAAAAGGCCCUGAGUCCGGCUGAAGGAGCUGUUCUGAAGUACACGGACGCCAUGACAAAAACAGUCACUGUUCCCGAGGAAGUGUUCCAGGAGCUGAAGGGAUUUUUCAAUGAGAGGGAAAUAGUCGAGAUAACGACAACAGUGGCAGCGUACAAUUGUGUCAGCCGAUUUCUUGUCGCCUUGAAUGUUGGGGAGAAGAAUCCUUAA